ACUGUUCGAACCUUUUUUCUCUUAUGCGGGAUGGUGGUGAAGGCGAUAUCUCUUGCCUCUGAUUGCUUCAUGAUAUUUGGCUUUUUCUCUUGUGAUUCUCUGUUUGCAAGCUUUGCAAGGUUGGGUUGCCCCGGCUCACUAGUUGGUUGUUCAAGCUCGUCGUCGACAAUUGUUUUGUUGGUCCUUUUAGUUUUUGUGUGUGUUUUUCUUUGUCAGGGCUUCUUGUCAAAAAAUAAAAAAAUAAAAAUAAAAAAAUAAAAAAAAAAAAUCUUAUUGCAUACAUUCAAUUAUAGAUCUGAAAUACAAAUACUAUAUAAAUCUUUGCCAAUUAAAGUAGAUAUGAUCACAAACCAAGCCCAACCUUGGGCAAAAACAUUGUGCCCAAACCCACUAGUUCAUGCUAGAUUUGGGUCGACUAAAAAUUAUAGCUUAGAAUAAAGUUUGGAUUGCCAUUGCCCAAAAUCCAAAAAACAUACAAAAAUAAAUAAAUAUAUAUCAGGCGCAAAUCAAGGCAAUUGUUAAGCUAGGUCCGACUGGGUUGAGCUAGGCUGCACAUGAUCAAGUUCGAGAUAACAGAUAAGGGCACUUGCUGACUUGAGGGUGAGAAUUCAUUUAUCUACUCCGUAUCCUCCUACUCUCAAGUAUCUACUCGUAUUUUGUAAAUACUACUCCUAAACCAUAAAACCAUGAGAUUUAAAGUCUAAUCAUGGAUCGAAUCUGAAGUUGAAUAUUUUGAACCCGCAAAUCUAAAUCUAAAUCCGAUACAAACCCGACCCGUUGUCAUCUUAUGAAAGCCCAUCAUAUAACAAUUCCAACACAAGCCCAACCCAAUUUAGCCCAAAUAAAAAAAGGUAACUUUUGACACCAUUUCACACUUCACUCUCUCUUUCUCAAUGGCACUGUGAUCCCAUCUUCCAUCUUCUUCUUCAAUGGCACCUCCCAAAAAACAAUACCUAACCCUUCUUCUCCUCUCUCUCUUCGCUCUCUUCAUCUUCUCUCACUACUUUCUAUCUCCUCCUCCUUCUCCUUCUCUCUCUACCCCAACAACCCACUUUCUGUCUCCUCAAAAACCCUCUUCUCCUUUCACCUUCACCAUCAAACUCUUAGCAUACAACCGUCUCUCCUCCCUUUCUCGCUGCCUCCACUCUCUCUCCUCUGCCCACUACUAUGGCGACACCGUUGACCUCCACAUCUUCAUUGACCACUUUCCCAAUUCAUCUUCCUCUGAUUUGGGCCGGAAUCUCGAAAAUUCCCAUGAAAUCUUGGGUUUUGUUGAUGGGUUUAAGUGGGUUUUUGGGAAGAAGUUGAUCCAUUAUAGGACUAUCAAUGUGGGCUUGCAGGCCCAGUGGUUGGAAGCUUGGUGGCCUUCUCAUGAUGAUGAGUUUGUGUUUGUUGUUGAAGAUGAUUUGGAGGUUUCCCCUCUUUAUUAUAAGUUAAUUAAGGGUUUAAUCUUGAAUUAUUACUAUAAUCACUCCAAUUUUAGCCCUUGGAUUUUUGGUGCUUCACUUCAGCGUCCAAGGUUUGUCCCAGGUAAGCAUGGGAACAAAAUAAAGUUGGACAGUGAAACCAGGUUCUUCCUUUACCCAUUGGUCGGAACCUGGGGUCAGCUUCUCUUUCCAAGACCCUGGAAGGAGUUCCGCCUUUGGUAUGAUGACCAUAAGGCCAAGGGCAUCAAGCCUGUUCUUGACGGAAUGGUGACAACAGGUUGGUACAAAAAAUUGGGAGAGAAGAUAUGGACCCCAUGGUUCAUUAAAUUCAUUCAUUCACGUGGCUACUUUAACAUCUACACGAAUUUUCUUCAUGAAAGGGCUCUCAGUGUCUCUCACAGAGAUCCUGGUGUUAACUAUGGGAAGACAGCCGGGCCAGAUUCACAACUUUUGGAUGAAAGUUCCCAUGAUAUCAAUCUUCUGGACAUGCAAUCUUUGAGCGAUCUACAUUGGUAUGAUUUCUGCUUCAGAAGAGUACUUCCUGGAAGAGUUGCAAAGAAACUCAGUGAAGUUAGCCACAUUCUUCACACCAUGGAGAAACAAAAACCUGUCUUAUUGGUCAGCUUGUUGAAAUCUUCACAGACAAUUGUUAAGAAUUUGAUAUGCCAUUUUGAGAGGCUUAAUAUUCAGAACUACAUUUUUAUGGUCCCAAACUCUGAAUCAGACUUGCUGCAUGAUCUGCCAAGAAGGGGGCAUCCUGUGAUUGUUACAGAAGAUGUAUUUGACAGCAUCACGAGAAGUAAGAAAUCUAGUUCUAUAUUGAUCAAGGAGACAAUGGUGAAAGCUUUUGUAAUCAAAAAAUGUUUGGAAUCUGGGUUUGAUAAUUGGGUUAUUGCUUCCAACAUGCUUCCACUCAUCAGUAACCCACAAUUCGAUUUCACUGACAGCAGCUUCUAUGUUGGUAAGGAUUCCAGACUCUUGGUUGUCAGGAGCUCAUCAUCUUCUCGGGAAGUUUGGGAUGAAAGAUUUGUGCAGAAAUUUGCUGCUACUGUGGAGACGCUGAUUAGUCAAGAUUCAUUACUAAAAGAGAAUGGGAAUUUUGUUGAUAUUUUAGAAAAGUUUGCAGAAAAUCAUGUCCUUAGAUUGAAGAGUGUUAAUGACGUAAACUACAGUUUUAAACUUGAAAGAGUCCAUGGAAAUCAAUCGCUACCAACAAAUACAAAGAUGAUAUCGUGGUCACCUGAAAUGGACAUAGAUUCAGUGCAUAAAUAUCUUGAAGAAUUGGGAUUGUGGAUCAUUGACAGUGAUUCUUCUUGCAAAGCUGUGGUCUGUCACCAAUCUUGACAUGAUCACAUACAACUUUUUCUUUCCUCCCUUUUUCUGGUCAAUUUUAAUCUCUUAGCAUAGUGUAGGCAUAUUGUUUUCUGUAUGUAAUAUUGUAAGGUGGUUACAUAUUCUUCUUGGUUACUCUGGUUGUAUACAGAAUGACAAAAUCAGCUUAGGCAGCCUCUGUCCCAAUGUCGGGCCAUAUAUUUUGUUGA